AUGUUGCUUGAAUUUGUUGAACCUGCUCCUAUUUUUUCCCUUUUGAGAUUGAGUCACUUGACAAGUAUGUAUACUGACGGUUACACUGCUCUUGUUACAAACUUAUCUCCAAGAGCAACAGAGAAUGAUGUGCACAAUUUUUUUGCUUAUUGUGGUCUAAUUGAGCAUGUUGAAAUAAUAAGAUCUGGUGAAAAUGCAUCUACUGCAUAUGUGACUUAUCGGGAUGCUUAUGCCUUGGAAACUGCACUAUUGCUGAAUGGAUCAAUGAUAUUGGAUCAAUGUAUAUUCAUUUCACGCUAUGAAGCUUACAUAAAUGACUAUGAUAAUUGGGGCGGUCAUGUAUCAAAGCCUGAAGACAGUAUUACAACCUCACAAGAUGUUCACAUUGAUAAGUUUGUUUCUUCCCCUGGAGAGGCACUAACUCUGGCUCAGAUGGUUGUCAAAACAAUGGUGGCUAAGGGAUAUGUGUUGGGUAAAGAUGCAUUUGUCAUGGCAAAAGCCUUUGAUGAAUCUCAUAAUGUGUCAUCUAUAGCAUCAUCGAAGGUUGCUGAACUCAGCAAUAAAAUUGGGUUGACUGAUACCAUUAAUUCAGGCAUUGAAACUUUUAAAUCUGUGGAUGAGAAGUAUCAUGUCACAGACUUCACCAAAUCAGCGGCAACAGUGACAGGAACUACAGCUAUAGUUGUGGCAUCAGUUACUGGGAAAGCUGCUGUGGCAGCUGGAAGUGCUAUAGCCAACAGUAGCUACUUUGCCAAAGGUGCUCUUUGGGUUUCAGAUAUGUUGACACGUGCAGCCAAAGCAGCCGCUGAUUUAGGUCAGAAUGAAAAGAAAUGA